AGCAAAAAAAGCUGUAUGAAGAAAUCAUGGUCUAAAGGUAUACCGAAUGAAUAAAAAUGGAAUGUAGGUUUACUACAUACAGUCUUGGCUAAAAGAUGAACAUCAAAAACAAUGCAGUGUUGCACAUUCACCGCACAGAACAUUAAAAUAUUUCGCCAAUCAAUGCAUCAAGCAAAUUCGCCCAAAUAACCAACUGGUCGGUUUUUCAUGGCGAGUGGGCGAUCCACGAGCUGUAGGAAUAGAUUAAGGGGGCAAUCACAGAAGGCUAUGUGUUGUCGCUUGUUCCCCCCGGAUUCUCUUCGCCCGGCCCUUCUGAUGGGAGAGAGGUGGAAGGAUCCAGAGCCGGAGCGCGAGAGGGGGGUGUUUGAGUUCCGAGCGUUAGGAGCACGCGUGUAGCGCAACGACCGAAGAGAGAGAGAGAGAUAGAGAGAGAGAGAGCUGCAUGAGACGCACGUGAAAGGAAUCAAGUCAAUUCACAAACGGCGAGAUUUCUUGUCAGAUCGACGCUAACGGCGCUGCUCUUCUCGGAUAUUAGCUCUUCCAGGUGUGUGACGGGCGAAGCGGACGGAGGAGACUGAACAGAGACAUGCCCGCUACAGGCGCCGCGAGGGAGGGAGAGAGGAGGGCCAGCCAGUGAGACACGCCCGCCCCCGCCCCGCCCCGCCCCGCUCACAGCCAUGGCCUUCACCCUGUCAGAGAUCAUGGCGGCCCGCCGGCAGCAGCAGCAGCAGCAGCAGCAGAGGGGGGGCAGAGUGACCGUGGAGGUGGACGAGUACAGCGCCAACCCCACCCAGGCCUUCACCUUCUACAACAUCAACCAGGGCCGCUUCCAGCCCCCCCACGUGCACAUGGUGGACCCCCUGCCCCACGAUGCCCCGAAGCCCCCUGGGUACACGCGCUUCGUCUGCGUCUCGGACACCCACUCCCGCACGGACGCCAUCCAGAUGCCCUACGGCGACGUCUUCAUCCACGCCGGGGACUUCACCGAGCUCGGCCUCCCCAGCGAGGUCAAGAAGUUUAACGACUGGCUCGGCACCCUGCCCUACGAGAUAAAGAUCGUGAUCGCGGGGAACCACGAGCUGACCUUCGACCAGGAGUUCAUGGCCGACCUGAUCAAGCAGGACUUCUACUACUUCCCGUCGGCCUCCAAGCUGAAGCCGGAGAACUACGAGAACGUGCAGUCCCUCCUGACCAACUGCAUCUACCUGCAGGACUCCGAGGUGACCGUGCGGGGCCUGCGCAUCUACGGGUCGCCAUGGCAGCCCUGGUACUACGGCUGGGGCUUCAAUCUGCCCCGAGGUCAGGCCCUGCUGGACAAGUGGAACCAGAUCCCCGACAGCACCGACAUCCUGAUCACACACUGCCCCCCACUGGGGUUUCUGGACUGGGUCCCGAGGAAGAUGCAGCGGGUGGGGUGCGUGGAGCUGCUGAACACCGUGCAGAGAAGAGUGCAGCCCAAACUGCAUGUGUUCGGACACAUCCACGAAGGCUACGGAGUGAUGACGGACGGCGCCACCACAUUCGUCAACGCCUCCGCCUGCACGGUCAACUUCCAGCCCAUGAACGCCCCCAUAGUCUUCGACAUGCCCACGCCCAGGAGCACAUGACUCCGCAGGCCCCCGCCCCCUUCCCCUCCCCACCCCCACCUGGCGCCUCUCUGUCGCGGCGGGGGUGGCCCAGGUGGGUUGUAAAUAUGCAGAGACCAUCCCUCAUAACGGCCGGCAAGGCCCACGAUUCUCGUAGAGUGAAUUUCUUUCUGUGCGUCGUCCUGUUUAUUUAUUUUGUUCGUUGGAAACGAGGGAAAGACUUGCGCGACGGUCGCGCUGUCCCCGAGAGACGGAGGUCCUUGCAUCUGUGGUUCCACCCUUUUGUUGCACUCCUGUCGGCUGACAAUCUCUCCCGUCCCGUCCCGUCCCCAAGAAGGAAGUCGAUCUCUUCUUUUGCGGGAGGAAAAAAAAUGCAAAUUAUUUUGGAAAUUUUUGGUUUUUGACUGUCCAUCUGAAAUUUCUCUUUUGGUGUUUUGGACUACGUUUACUUACCCGCGUAGGACCGCGUUUCCCUGCAUGCCCCCCAUUGAAAAGGCAUUCCGGAAACCGCAGCCGUUCUCGGGCCUUCCGGAACAUUCCCCACCUUGGUCUGCCGUCCUGCCAGCCGCGUCCGGCCCUAGCGCCAGCUGAGUCCCCUCUUUCGCCCUUCCCUUCCACGUCCUCGGCCCUCCCUCUCACCCCGGACCCGACGGAGGAGCCGGUCGCCCCGACGACGCGCGGAUCACAGCCCGCGCCGGGACCGGGGCGACCUCGGCCGCGCGGGUCCGAACGAAACCGCACACGGGAACGCAUCGGCGCGAGGCUACCCCAGGGACUCAUUAAAAAUUUCCCCUUAGCGUCUUAUGCAUUUGGAGACUGUCGGAGGCUGUCCUCUGACUUUCAGAGUGAUGUCUCUGUGCCUGAUGAACUCAACCUCGUCCUCGUGCCGAAACGUCGAUUUGCCAGCCAGUUUAUUUCGGGGUCACCAACAUUGCUGCUUUUCUUUUGGGGAAAAAGAAAUUCAUUCAAAAAAAAAAAUGUUUGUAUGCACAUACAACACACACAAGGCACGUGUGGAUAUGCUUCACAGUAUUGCGUCAGAGAAUUUGAUUAUUCAGUGAUCAGGCUCCUUUGUGCAUGGGAGAAAUUUAAAAGUAACGGUAACGGUGAUUUCAGUAAACGCGUUUUGGGAUAUUGAUAUUGCUAAUACCACUUACAGAAUUCAGUGGAAGUGUUUCUUGUAUUAAGCUUUGAGUUCAGGUAGAGAGUGUAGUGUUAUCAAGAAUGAAAAAUGUUAAAGUGCAAAUUAGUUCCUUAGAAUUUAAUUUUGUUCUAAGGGACCAAUUAAAAGUAUAUUUUGCUCAAAAAAUCACCAGGUUUUUUUUUACUGUAAUGGAAAGGCAAAUACAUAUUUUAAGUGAGGCUGCUUUUUGAGCAAAUCAUUUUAAGGUAAAGUAGUAGUUCAGAGUGUAAUUUCUUUGCUUGGCAACACUUUGUUUUUGCACACAAUUAAGUGUUCAGGUCAAACACUGUUAAUGGUGCUUUUGUAAAACAAUUUUAAAGAUCAUUCUGGGAAUCAAAGCGUCUGUAGCUCUCAGUGUGUGGGUAGCAUAUCAGGAGUAUGCUGGACUUUGAUCUUCCUGUUCUCUGUUUUAAUUUAUUGCGGAUCUCAUUUGUAGCCCCCCUGGCUACAAUUUAUUCCUGUUUGUUUAAAAUAUAUUUUCAUUAUUAGCACUAUUUGUAAAGUAUUAAAAUUUAAUGUAGUGGUAGGAAUGCAUAUAUCGUCUCCUUAUUUAGCUUUUUAAAAUUUUUAUUUUAUUUAACUAUUGAACUUUUUUUGGAAUGCGCUCAUGGCAGCCACGAGGCACUUUCGAGAUGGCAUGCAGUCUUUCUCAGGCGCCUUGGAGAGCGCGCGCUUGGCAGUAUGUCUAACUAAUGUCCGACAAUGGGGUUGCGUAAAUGUCGGGUUUCUGCGCGCUUUUACCAGCGGCGCUCUCAGCGUUUCUGUGGCGACGUAAUUAAAAAAUAAAAAAAAAUAAAAAAAUUUACCACGAGGAAGCUGCUUGAUCAGCGACCUUGACACGUUCGUAAAUGUAUUUAGAGCGGCGCUGUCUCCCCUCGCCGUCUGCUCUAGAACUGUCAGUCAGUCGGUUCUGUUUUAAACACAAUCAGGAAGUCUGUAGGGGAGGGGAAGGGACCAAUCCUGGUAGGCGUGGUGAGGGGGCAGGGUGGGGUGGGAGUUUUCAGAGGUGGGGAUAUCACACAUAAGGCAUAUGCUGCAUAUUGUGUGUGUAUGUGCGUGUGUGCGCGAGCCUGCGUGCGUGCGUGGAGCGGUAGAUUGACAGAGACUGGCGUUAAAAUCCCUUUUAUUUGUGCUUAAUUUCUAAACCGGAUAGCCAUAAGCGUUGUUUCCAACAUUUGGUUUUGUAAAAUUGAUAAUGUCUGUGUUGAAAUGUUUCACAUAUUGCUUUCUCUACUGUGCUUUCCUCAUGUGCUGUAAGUUUCUUGCUCAAUCUAAAAAGGUUUGCUGUCGUCUUUGUUGGUUAGUUCCUUGGGGCAUGAUGUUCUGAAUCUGAAGAAGAGCUUAUGAUUUCCUUUGACAAUCUUCUCUUUUUUGUGUUGUGUAUUUUGUUUGGGGUAUACUGUUGAAAAUGUUUUGAUUUAAUAAUGUAUGAUAUUUUAUAAUCCCUUCAGCGAGAAGAAUCCACUUUUAAUAUUGAACUACAAUGUACUGCAUAUGACUGCUCUUUUAAUAUAUCAAGCCUUUCAUGAAAUUCAAUUCUUUUUUCCCCCCCCAGAAAGAUCAUUUACACAGAUUAAACUCAAACCUUGUGCGGAUUG